UUAAGAUCGAUCAUCAUCAGAACGUAAGAUUGCAAUUAUUCUACCAGUAUCAAGAAUAAAUCUUCGAUCGCAGUUUGUGUUGAUUUCUCGCAAAAGACUUACAAAACUGUCAUGAACACUGCGCAUAGUUCGAAAUGUUCGACGAAGUGUAAACUGUACAGUGACUCCAAAGAAAAACUGUUUUUAUGCAAUGUCACAGCGUGACAGGAAAGUGUAAUACAUAAAGUUGUCGAAGAAACCGGUCUAAUGAUCUUGUUGUUCACGAAAGUUUACAUUGUGGUGGAAUAGACAGACCAAGAAAGUGUACCUAUCAGUUGAAUUAAUAGUAAGUCAGCUAUUGAUUCAAAGAAGAAGGAAUCUGUGGUAUCAAAAUGAUUGCGGAAGAAACUAAGAAAGUUCCUCCAAAUGGAAAAUGGGGUUGGAUGAUUGUUUUAGCAUAUGCUUUAAACGGGAUCUCAACCGGAUCCCUUCUGCACGGGUUCGGAUUAGUAUUCAAGGACACAUUUCCCCUUUUCGGUUUCAAUGCGACACAGGCGGCAAUUAUUAUAAAUACAAAUUUAGCUUCUGGCAUGAUACUCGGCUUAAUUAACGGGCCUCUAUUACGCACCCUUGGAUACAGAAAAGCGGCUUUGAUCGCUAGUUUAUUGUAUACCACUGGUAUAAUUGUAACAGCGUUCAGCAGAUCUUUCAUUCUAAUUCUAAUAUUCUACGGUUUAUUUACCUCACUCGGCAUGUGGCUGUCAAUGUCCGCCUUUUCGUUCGCUCUAAAUUCAUAUUUUACAACGAAGAGAGGGCGCGCCUUAUCUUUAGCGUUAACAAUUGUUGGACUUGGUCCUAUAAUAUUACCACAACUAACAACGAUUUCACUCUCUUACUACGGAUUUCAGGAUGCACGUUACUUCAGCCGCUGAAAUGGCAUUUGAAAACCGUAAAAGUACAACCACAACCGACGAACGAGAAGGAAACUCUACUUACAGG